UGUCCGGGCUCCGGCGGCGGCGGUGGCGGCGGCGGUCGGUGCUGCGCGAGCGGUGGCGGCGGCGGCUCGGCGGGACCGAGGGCGGGAGCGGCCGAGACCAUGGCUGGAGGCAAAGCUGGAAAGGACAGUGGGAAGGCCAAGGCUAAGGCAGUGUCUCGCUCACAGAGAGCUGGGUUACAGUUUCCCGUGGGCCGCAUCCAUAGACAUUUGAAGACUCGCACCACAAGUCACGGAAGGGUCGGUGCCACUGCUGCAGUGUACAGUGCCGCAAUUCUGGAGUACCUCACUGCUGAGGUGCUGGAGCUGGCAGGUAAUGCUUCCAAGGAUCUCAAAGUUAAGCGGAUCACUCCGCGCCACUUGCAACUUGCAAUCCGUGGUGAUGAAGAGUUGGAUUCCCUUAUCAAGGCUACCAUAGCUGGGGGUGGUGUGAUCCCUCACAUCCACAAGUCUCUGAUUGGAAAGAAGGGACAGCAGAAAACUGCUUAGAGGUUGUUUUAACCAACCCUCUUCCUCCCCGUCAUUGUACUGUAACUGGGACAGAAGAAAUAAUGGGGACAUGUGGAAUUUUUAAAACAGUUAAGUGGAAAAGCAUAGACAAUUACUAUAGACAUGAAAAAGAAACAUUUGUAUGUUCUUAGACUCGAAGUUUGAUAAAAAUACCUUUUCAUGUGGCAACAGUUGUGUGUUGAUUGGCUAGGUUUCUCCCGUGUGUUUUAUACAAAAAUGGAAUUGAUAAACCAUUUUUUAAAAAAAUAAUUUGUCUCAAAACCGUUCUGUUUGUGCUGUGUUGAAAAUAUUUUGCUCAUACUUAAUUAAAUUUCAAAUUGGUUAUAUAUUCAGAAAAAUCUUAAGACAGAAAUUGGGAAUCUACUUCUAUCAUGAUUGAUACCAUAUUAUAUUGAAUCUUGGCUGCCACCUGUUAGUAGUAGGCACCAAUUGUUUUACAUACCACUAAAGAAAAAAACUGCCAAUUAAACCAUAAUAUGCCAUCAAUUAUGAGAUGCAUCCCAAUUUCAGAGAUGUUAGAGUAUGAAAACAUGCAUUUAGAGUUGAUGAAAUAGGAUAGUGGAAUUAUUUGAAUUAUUUAACGAGCACUUACUAUGUGGUGAGCCCUAUGCUAAGCGCUUUAUUGAUGAAGAAAUUUUAUUACCCCCAUUUUAAAGAUGUAGAACCUGAGGCUCACAGAAGUUAAAUGGCCUGCCAGAAAAACAUUUAUCUAAUAGAUAGAAAAGGGCAGAACUAGGAUAUAAAUCUAGAUUUGGCUGACUCCAGAGCCCACACCCUUACCUAGAAUUGAAGUUAAGGUUAUCAAAGUGGUCUGCUUUUGGCUUAAAAUUCCAGCUUUUAGUGAUCUUUUAUUGAUACAGUAACAUUCAGUAAUUUGUACAAUAUUUUAAAAAUUAUUUUUCUUUGUCAGUUUCUAAGUAACUUGUAAGAUUUAAGUUAAUGUAUCAGUUAACAGUCCAUCAGAAAAUUAUAUUUUUCUGGAAGUCUGGAAGUCUUCAUUAAAAAUGGAAAUUCUUUAAUGUUUUAUAAUACAACAGUAUCAAAACAAAACUCUCAUUUUAAAAAACUUAUUUUAUUAUGGAAAUUUUCAAAAAUAAAGAGAAUAGUAUAAUGAACCCCUGUGUACUCAUCCUGCAACUUCAGCAGUUAUCCUGUGGUCAGUUUUGUUUUACCUGUAUCCCCAACCUGAACCCUCAUCCCAGUUGAUUGGUUUGAAUCCCAUUCCAGGCAUGAUUUAUUUUCAUGUCCACAUACUUAAGCAUGUGUCUCUAAAGAUGGGGUACUUUUUAGACCAUAACCACAAUACCAUUGUCUUAAGACAGCUAACAUUUUAUAAUAACAAAUAUCCAGUCAGUAUUCAGAUUUCUCUGAUUGUUUCAUAAUUUUACAGUUGGUUUGUUUGAAUCAGGAUCUAGACACUAUGUCUUACAUUUUACUGAUAGCUCUUAAAUUUCUUUUUAAUCUGUAGGUUUCUUUUUUAUUAUUAUUAUAAUUUAAUUUUUGAAGAAACUGAGUUGUUUGUCCUAUAGGAUUGUCUCUAAGUGGAUUUUACUGAAUCUUGGCACAUAUUUUGAAGAAGCUUCUAUAUUGAAAGGAUCUACGAUUAUCCAUGUGUUGUGAAGUUUUAGUAGUUUUUAGAAACCAAAGAAGGAAUAGAAAAGAAGGCAAAAUAACCUAUCAGAGAAUAGGGUCUUUUACUCGAGUUUUGUAGAUAAUUGCUUCAGAUAUCUGUUUCCUUUUGGUAGUGUAAUUAUUUGCUUCCUACUGUGUUCCCAGGAUUGUAUUUUUGUUUUCUGAUGGAAAAAAAAUAGAACAACUGGGCCAUGUGCUCUGGACCUCACCCCCACAUUUGGUCCAUCUUGCUUCACCUAUACACCCCUUCCUCCCGCUGGCUUUUUUUAAGCAUGUCACAGCCAUCCUACUAUAUCUGUAAUACCUUAAUAUAUAACUCUAAAAGAAAGCUUUAAAAAGAAGGCUUUUUAUAUUUUAAAAAGACAGUACCUCAUUGUGGUUUUGAUUUACAUUUCCCUGAUGAUUAGUGAUGUUGAGCAUCAUUCCAUGUACCUGUUGUCCAUCUGUAUGUCUUCAAACAAAUGUCUAUUCAGAUCCUCUGUCCUUUUUUUUUUUUAAUAUAAAUUUUAUUUACUUAUUUUUGGCUGCGUUGGGUCUUCAUUGCUGCGCGCAGGCUUUCUCUAGUUACAGUGAGUGGGGUGCUACUCUUCUCUGCGGUGCACA